AUGGCUUCCGCAACUGUCCAUUUCUCUCACCCUGAACCCUCUCUAUUCACAUUUCCUCCAAAAGGCGACCCUCAAACUUUACCUCCUCCAAUACCAGGUUCGACUCUUUCUGCCCCUCCAUUCGAAAUCGACCCCUCCUGGUACAAUGCCGCCCUCGAUGUGCGAGUUCCAAUCACAAUUGCUGCGGUAUAUGCUAUAACGGUUACACUGGUCAAUCAAUACAACAGACGCGCUGGAAACAAAGCUUGGCCUAUCAGUAAAACCAAGGCAUUCUUCGUUUUCGUCGUGGCACACAACAUUUUCUUGGCUGUAUACUCUGGAUGGACUUUCGUUGGCAUGUUUGGAGCUUUGAGAAGGUCAAUUCAAAACCCAAUGGGCCCAGCUGGUCUCGCCGGUACCGUCGAUAGUUUAUGCAAAGUCCAUGGUGUUACUGGUUUGGAUAAUGCUAUGUCUUACAAUGCAAGCAUGUCAAAAUGGAACGCGGCAUUGCCAACUGAAUUCAAAUUGACAAGUGCCGGAACUCCAGACUCUACCGAUUUGGGAAGAUUAUGGAAUGAGGGACUUGCUUUCUAUGGAUGGUUUUUCUAUCUUAGCAAGUUUUAUGAGGUUCUUGACACUGUUAUUAUUUUGGCAAAGGGAAAGAGAAGUUCUACUCUACAAACCUACCAUCAUGCGGGAGCUAUGAUGUGCAUGUGGGCUGGAAUUCGAUUCAUGUCACCACCAAUUUGGAUGUUCGUGUUUGUUAACUCUGGAAUUCACGCAUUAAUGUAUACCUACUAUACUCUUACAGCAUUCUCCGUACCCAUCCCACAAGCUCUUAAGCGCAGUCUCACAACAAUGCAAAUCAUUCAAUUCCUCGUUGGAGCUACAUAUGCCACCAUCCACUCCUUCAUCUCCUACACAGUCACCGUCCAAGUUCCAUCCAUCCCAGCUACCAUCUCCUCAGUUACUUCCUCGGCAUCCGUUGUCGCUACCUCCGCCGCUGCAAUCGCAACCUCAAGCGGAGUCGCCGACCUGAUCAAGAAACUUCUCUACCGCGCAGUCGGCGAAGAAGGUCUCGCCGAGAAUGUCAACGCUCCAGCCGUCUCAGAUGUCGCUCAAGCACCAAUUGCUUCUAUCCCUAAAUCGCACUCUAAAAUCCCAACAUACGUCACCGAAACUCGUACAAUCCCUUGUAUCGAUACCAGUGGUCAAACUUUCGCUAUCUGGCUUAAUGUUAUCUAUCUUACCCCAUUGACCUUCCUUUUCGUAAGAUUCUUCAUUAAAUCUUACAUCCGAAGAACAACAGCAAGUGGAAAGAAAGCAGGCAGAAAAGCAAGUUUCGUAGCCGCGGAAAAGGCAGGACUCGAUGCGUUGAAGGGUGUUGAAAGGGAGAUGACCAGAGGCGAAAGCAAGCUAUCAAAUGGCUUUGAGAAGAAUUGA